AAAGAUAGUAUGUCAUAUAAUUACUCUUUCUUACAUUUCCUAAACACUAUACAGUUCGCAUCUUCUUUCAUCAUCUAAAGGUCUGUAGUCUCUGUACCAUGGAACUAGCUAAGUCAGCUCAAAGGCUCUUCCUUCCUCUCUUUCCGAUCUUUUGUUUCAUUUCAGGAGAAGGAGGGGCACGGCAGCUAGUUUCAGCUACUGUCCAGAGCAAUUGGCGGCCAACAAAGCUAUUUGUUUUCGGAGACUCCUUUGCUGCCACAGGCAACAAUGACAAUGACUUUUUGAACAUCCCUUGGAAUUAUCCUUAUGGAAAGACCUUUCCAGGAAAAGCAACUGGCCGUUACUCCGAUGGUCGUGUCCUCACUGAUUUCAUUGCCAAGUUCAUAGGAGUGAAGUCUCCGAUCUCAUACAAAUUAAAAAAUAAAGUUGCAGGCGAUUAUUUGAAAUACGGGAUGAAUUUCGCAUAUGCAGACACGGGUGUGACCAGUCUGUCAUACUUUUACCCAAAUUUGACCACUCAAAUAGACUACUUUCAGCGGAUUAUCGAGGGAGCAAGUUCUGUAUACAACACCACAGACCUCCACUCCUCUGUGGCCCUGGUUACCGUUUCCGGUGAUGACUAUGAGUCUUACAUUUUCAGCAUGGAGGGUCAGACUCCGGCCCAUCCAUUACAGAGUUGGAAAUCCUUUAGCACAUCAAUAGUAAAUGAGGUAACUACUAGUUUAAAACGUAUCCAUGACUUGGGAGUGAAGAAAAUACUCGUGACUGCCCUGGAACCUAUGGGAUGUCGCCCUACUGGUACGGCCGUAUUCUCAUACAAAAAGUGCAAUGAAACCCGGAACUCACUUUCCAGGUCUCACAACCUCCUCUUGCAGGAAGCCGUGGCCAAGUUGAACAACCAAACCAAGAGGUCGUCCUUUGUCAUUCUUGAUCUUUAUACGUCCUUCAUGUCCGCAUUCAAAAACAAAGGAAGCAUAAAGUUUAAGGACAGAUUAAAGCCAUGUUGUGCUAGUGUAACACCCGGAUAUCCAUAUGGGUGUGGCACUAUGAGUGAUAUUCCGGGGGAAGAUACGUAUAGCAUUUGCGAGCGUGAAGCUGCUGCAUUCUUUUGGGACUAUGCUCACCCUACACAACAAGGAUGGUUUUCUGUGUAUUCAAACCUCAAAGCUACACUUAAGAAGCUCUACCAAAAUCAAUGAUUCCUACCUCACCCUGAAAACCCAUGCAUAUGGGUUUUGCUAGCGUAGGGAUAUCCGUCUCACUGUGGUACCCGAAAACUUUCUCUGCGCACAUUGAAUAGCUAGCUAGUUGUUCGUUUUGCAUUUGAUCUUUAUGUUCCAUGUAUCCUUAGAGAAUAUAGCCCUUAACAAUGCAUGUAUUGAUUGCUGCGAUCAACUAAUUGAUGUGAUUAGUAUUUUCCCUUA